GCCACCGCUGUCCCCACCGGGUGCGGACACAUGUUCAGCUACUGGGAUUCUGUCGGCCCCGUCAGCUGUGACAUCGGAUGCUGGCGGGAAGUUGAUGAGAACUCGAGGUGCGGCGAAUCGGAUAAUUGUUGCCUCUGGUUCAUGGAUAGGGUCGCGGAGAUAUCGAACGCCCGCGAUGGGAAGGAGGCCAAGGAGGUCGUCGCGUCCGAUUCCAACGACCCAGAUGCAGUGAAGGACAUGAUCUGUGAGCAGGGCGGCGAGGAGAAGUGCGCCCUCGGCGACUGGAAUCAUGAAACCCAGAAAACCAGGCUGUAUUCCGUGAUGGACGGCCUGCCGUUGGCAGGGCAGCGGUCUCUCGCGAGCGUUGCGACGAUCGGCCUGGGAGCGAUCGGGGGAGCCGCGGCGCUCGCAGGUGCCGCGUUGGCCUUCAGGCGCUGUGGCGCCCCCUCCGCGCCGGUGGAUAUCUCCGCGAACGAGGCCGCAGGGGGGGGGCAGCGCGCCCCGAUCAUGGCCUCGCAGUCCUGA